GCACAAUACACGCACCUCUGUAACUUGGAGAAAGAUACCCACAACUCCUCGGCCGUGCUCAACACCGUUGACCUUCAGUAAAAUGUCACAGCUCAUUCCAAGCACCACACCCAUUCGAACUUUUGAAGAUCAUGAGGACGCCAUAAGGCAAGUCGCAGUGUUCCCUGACAAACGACGAAUGAUUACGGGUUCGGACGACAAGACACUUCGUCUUUGGGACUUGAAGACAGGUGUUGUGUUGAAGAAGAUGGAAGGGCAUAGCGGUGAGGUGUGGGCAUUGACGAUAUCGCGAGAUGGUAAAAUAAUAGCAAGCGGUGGUGAUCAUGGAGAGGUCAUCGCCUGGCACGGAGAAACUUCCGAAUCCAUCACCCAACCCAUCAAAGCCCACUCCAACGUCAUCACGUCGGUGAAUUUUUCUCCGGAUGGAAUGGUGCUCGCCACUGCAUGUUCAUACGACCAGAUGCUGAAGUUUUGGUGUACCAAAACGUGGCAGAUGCAAGGAGAACCAAUCAACUGUGAUCAUAGUGUCUACCGCGUUCGAUAUUCGCCUUCUGGUGAACUUCUUGCCAUCACAACAUACUACAAUAUCCAAAUUUAUAAUCCAGGCACAAGGGAACGCGUCGCAUCUUUGACAGGUCACAAAUCAUGGAACCUGUCAUGCGCGUGGACGCCCGAUAGCACACGCCUUCUUUCAGGACGCAGUAAAUACAUAUUGGAGUGGGACACAUCAACCUGGCAGCAGGUCGGUCGUCCCUGGGAAGGCCACACUGACACUAUCAAUGCCAUUGCCAUUCAUCCCGCUGGCACCCUCGUCGCUUCUGCAUCUAGUGACAAGCAUGUCCGUCUCUGGCGGCUCUCAGAUCGACGAACCAUCGCCCUCUUCCAGCAUUCAUCCGCCAUGACAUGUAUCACGUUCUCUGUGGACGGCAAGCACAUCUUCAGCGGAGGUAUAGAUGACAAGAUCUCAGAGUGGGCGAUACCAAAGGACGCUCAUUCAAAGAUCCUUGAUAUCACAACAGCCCGCGAUGCUUGUCUGACUGGGGAUUUGUCUAUCGCUGAAGAGCUCCUCACCCAAGAAAUCCACACCAACGAGGACGACUUUACUUCAUAUGCCAAUCGUUCUUUCGUUAUGACCCGGAAGCACAACUUAGACCAAGCCCUUGAGGAUGCAAUCAAGUCAGUCAACAUUAGGCCAUCAUUGACAGGCUUUAUCUCCAAAGGCAUCGCCCUCUGCGGAAAAGGUCACGUCCGAGAAGCAAGGGUAGCAUUCGACGUUGCGUCGAUGUUCACGAACCAAGAUUCGGAAACCAACCAAUUUCUUCUCCUCAUCAAGGCCAUCGCACUCUUCAACGCAGAUCAACACGUGGAAGCAAUACUGCUCAUCAAAGACCUGGCUGCCGUUUGUCCCAAUGUCGAUCCUCUCGCGCGUCGUGUCGUGGAAACAUAUCUACGUGUUCAACUCGGAAUCAAAGCUUUCGAUGGCGCGCGUCACGAUGAAGCCGCUGACCAUUUCACCGCCGCUGUCAACUCAGGCACUUUCCCAUCAAAAUACAUUCAUUUUGCAUACCAGGACUUGACCGUGCUCUUCGGCUGGGAUCUCGAGUCCUUGUUGCUUACGACACACCAGAAACGGUGCCAGGCUUUCAUUUCGGCAGGUAAACCCGAUGAAGCCCUCGAAGCACACAAAUACAUGAUGGAUGCCAUUGACGAGACUGUGAAGGCCAGCUGCCUGGAUUGGUCCAAUGAAUUCAAGCAACAAUGUAGCAUGCCAUGUGCUGCUAACGGAGAUUCCGCCCUCGCUGUGAACGAUUAUGACAAGGCUAUCCACCUAUACUCGGCGAUAAUAAACUUGAACUCUGCAUCUCAUGUUGUCUUUGCAAAUCGUAGCAAGGCAAAUUUGGGCAAAAUGCUAUGGAUGGAAGCGCUUCUCGAUGCACAGAAGGUCAUCGAACUCGAUUCUUUGUCUUAUCUUGGAUACAAUUUGAAGCACGCAGCGCUUCAUGGUGCGGAGCGCUAUGAUGAAGCAAUUGAAACUUUCCAAACUAUGCUUUCGAUAUUGGACAAUGCACCUGAUGUUCAGACACGAAAGCUGCGCCAGCAGUAUCUCAGACCUUCUGAAGUAGAAUGCGCCAUCCGAUGGGUCAUUGAUGCCCAACUCGACAACGCUCCGCUGCGUGUACUCGACACCAUCACCGGUCUCUUAUGCGAUCGAGAGACGCAGAUAGGCACCUUCAAAAUGAGCACGCAGUAUAAGGAGCUUGUGUCAUCAACAAUCACACAUGUAGACUUGCACAUCGAUCAUAUCGAAGAAGUGGUGAAGAGGUACCUGCAAUAUGCGAUGCUAUCACACAGGUGGGAAGGGAAGGAGCCCCUGCUGCAGGAUAUCCGGGGCAAGUGCGUGUACGAGUCGGAGUUGGAUCCAGUUGGCGGCAUGACGAAGCUGCGGUCGUUCUGCAAAACUGCUCGUGAUGCGGGAUAUAACUGGGCAUGGAGCGAUACAUGCUGCAUCGACAAGAGCAACAAUGUCGAAGUCCAAGAAUCGUCUGGGGCACUGGCAAAGAGCGCUUGGAACACGCGCGGAUGGACGAUUCAAGAAUUCAUCGCUCCCAAAGUCAUUCUAUUUUAUCAGAACAAUUGGACUCUUUAUCGUAAUGAUCGUACUCCCAACCACAAAGAUUCCAUCGAAAUCAUGCAGGAGAUAAAGGACGCAACGGGAAUAGACCGACCAGCUAUUACAGCCUUCCAUUCCAGUAUGCAUAACGCGCGAGAAAAACUUCAUUGGGCGGCAACCCGCGUUACCACGCGCCAGGAAGACAUCGCUUACUCGUUGUUUGGCGUCCUGGGCGUCCGCCUGCCUGUAGAUUAUGGUGAGAAGCAGGACAAAGCUCUCGGGCGGCUCCUGCAGGAGAUUGUGGCUCGGUCGGGCGACAUCAGUAGCCUUGAUUGGGUCGGGGAAUCAUCAGAGUUCAACAGCUGUCUACCAGCCUCCAUUGCUUCAUACGAAGCUCCGCCAUGCCAGCUACCAUCCCUAACCAAAGAUGAAAUUCAGUCAUCGGUUUCUUCGCUGCGAGAGACGCCGGCUGCUGAUUUCGCUUCGGACCUUUAUACUGAGCUUCGGAACACGAGCGCCCCUCGCUUCGCAGCACAAAGGCUGCAUCUGCCCUGUAUUGCAUUCAAUGUCACGGAAGUCAGACGCCGGGUGGGUGGUCCAACCCCGGAAAGUCAUCUCACAUAUGGGGUGAAGGCAGACGGACUUCACGACUUACUUAUCACCACCGGAGAGACCCUGACUCAAUUCGGGCCGGCAAGGCCCACUGAGCAACGAUUUCUCCUCGUCCGUCCCUGGGAUCGGUCUCUCCUGGAGCUACCUGACUUUCCAGAAUUUCCAGAACCGUCUGGCUAUGGAGAUGAUACGGAGAGCGAGGAGGAUUAUGGGACGCCGCCUUCUUCUCCGUCAGACGACUGGUCUAGUGGUUCUCCUGUAAAACAGGGGAUGUCUGACCUAGAAUCACGAGCAUUGCGGUUGCUUGUUCGCCUUGGGCAGCCUUUCAGCGCAUAUUUGCUAGCGCAGCAGCGCAGUGGAGAAUACAAGAGGAUUGCGACGGAUCAUGAUAUCAUUGGACAAGUCCAGGACGUGGUUUCUGUUGGAGACUCGAUGGACAUCAGGACCAUAGAGAUAUUGUAGUCGUAUGUUUUUGUUUCAAAGUUUUUGGACUACUUUAAAGGUGACACCACACAGCUGCAGCAUACGCAUCACACACGCAUGUUAAAUGUGGUUUUCGCACAUAAGUAGCAGCUCGGGUACAAAUUAUGCUCCAAGUCCCGUCACUUCCCUAUUGACAUCCCUUGACUCAGUCAAUCCAUAGGGAUUCACUUGCUUCAAUGGCACGAAGUAAACGAUCCGGAUCGUCAAGUUCUCGAUGAUCUUGUUAGACUAUCUGAAAAACCGUUCAACAGUACAUCGGGAUCCUGAACCACGACGAAGUCCGUCCCUGAACCUGCUCAAGCUCGGUGAGACAACUUAGAACAUCCCUCUUCGGUGAUUAAACGCGUGGCCAUAGAGUCGCUUCGCUAAUACCCCCAACCGCUCUGCACUUCGCCCCUCAGACUUCGCUCUUCUUCGAGACUUUGACUCUUGCAAGAAUCCGAAUACGCCGAGCCGCCAGU